AUGUUUAGUAAGCCAUACGAGAAGAGAUUAGUGCAGCAGUGCAGUCCUGUGAGCCGAAAGGAACCAGUACUUGGUCGGCCUGAAGUAAUGGACAGAUUUAUUCCUUGUCGUCCUGAUAACAAUUGGCAGACAAGUUUCCAAGCAAUACGUCGAGGUACAGAAAAUCAGCCGACAAAGAAAGCGCGGGCAGAGGGUGGCGCAAACGAUGGCUCGAGCGGCGGGCGGGAGCACCUUGCAUACACCUGCCUACUUCGUAAUGAGCUACUCGGUGCGCAGAUAGACGAGCUCCGAGGGCCGCCCGCGAACUGCGCUGAGGGCAACAGGGCUGCUCUGGGCGCCGUCCAGUUGGCUUCGGCGGCUAUGGCCGCCUUGGCAUACUCCCCCCGUGUGUUCAAGUUCAGGGCGCCAGUGUACAGUGCUGAGGAAAACAUAGACCCAUCGCCUUACAGCCUAUCGCCAGUGUCGGCGAAAUCGCAGAAGCUCCUCCGGUCGCCGCGGAAAGCGACGCGCAAGAUAUCGCGGAUCCCGUUCAAGGUUCUUGACGCGCCGGAGUUGCAGGACGACUUCUAUCUGAACCUAGUGGACUGGUCCGCGCAGAAUGUGCUCAGCGUCGGACUGGGCAGCUGUGUUUACCUGUGGAGUGCGUGCACCAGCCAGGUGACACGACUGUGCGACCUCUCGUCGGAGGGUAACGCGGUGACGUCGGUAGCGUGGAGCGAACGCGGCCACCUCGUCGCUGUCGGCACUCAAAAAGGACACAUCAGUGUAUGGGACGUCGCCGCUAACAAGGAGGUGACGAAACUACAAGGGCAUAUCGCUCGCGUCGGUGCACUUGCGUGGAACGGUGACAUGCUGAGUUCUGGCUCGAGGGACCGACAUAUACGUCAGCGGGACACCAGGACGCCACCGCAACAGUCAUCGCGUGUGCUGCAAGGGCAUAGACAAGAAGUGUGCGGUCUCAAGUGGUCCCCCGACGGCCAGUCGCUGGCUUCGGGCGGCAACGACAACAAGCUUUUUGUCUGGUCUAUGCAUUCGACGUCCCCGGUGCAGACGUACUCGGCACACGUGGCGGCGGUGAAAGCGAUCGCGUGGUCGCCGCACCAGCACGGCUUGCUCGCGUCCGGCGGCGGCACCGCCGACCGCUGCAUCCGCUUCUGGAACACGCUCACCUCGCAGCCCAUGCAGUGCGUCGAUACCGGUGAGUAG